AUGCCUGCCCAUGCAAUUUCUGGAGCCAUACCUUGCUGCUUUCAGCGCCGCUUUCACAGCUUCAAGCCUCCCCAGAUUCCGUGUUUGCCCAUUCUCUCGCCCAGAAUGGACACUGCCGACAUUCAGGGAAAGCUGCUGGCCUACUUCAACCAGCUCAGCCCCGAAGCCCGCGACCGCCUCCUUGCCAGUGCCCCUGCCCAGGAGGUACAGCCUCAACCCGCCUCGGGUGCAGGCAAUGCCCAGCCGGGACAGACACUGCCCACCAAGGCCCCGCCACCGGUGGUCACUGGCCAAGCCCAAGCCCAAUCGCCUGAAUCGGACUCGACGCCCCAUCCAGCCCCGGAUGCCUCAGCCUCGUCUUUGCUCGCAGACGAGCUAGCCGAUGAAGAAGUCAGCCUCCACCCCCUAUCCUGGUCGCCCGACCAGAUCCGCCGAGCCCAUGGGGAUGGCCGCGUCAUUCCCAGCCUAGUUUUCAAGAAGGAUGGAGUCAAAGUGCCUGAGGCGCUCGUGAAGCACAUCGCCAACACGCUCCCCUCGACAGAGGCCGAGACAAGCCCAUCUGCCCAGCCUGGCCCACUGCCCUCGGUCUCCGAGACCCGCCCAGCCUGGGCCGACAUCCAAGAGGAUGAGGCCCUCAACAAGCCCUUGCCCAUUAGCUCCAGCGACGAGGACAGCCCUGUGAUCGAGGAGGUCAUGGGUUUCGGGGGUGUGCCUAUUGCCAUGCCCAAGAUUGUCAGCCCAUGGCCACCCAAGCAGCCCAAAGCACCUGCGCCCGCAGAAUCACAGGUGCCGCCCGCCCCUCCUGCCAAGAGUACCCCGCCCAGCCCGGGGCAGAGCUCGCCCUCCGAGCCCACCAGCAAGGCUGCGCCGGAGCCAGAAGCCUGCCCAUCUGCCUCGCCGACCAAGCCCAACCUUCGCAUGACCAUGGUCUACGAAGGCAGGACCUGGCACAACUUUUGGGGGCAGGACCCGCCGGCCAACGCCAUCUCGGAAGAGCCCACGGCAGCCCAGCCCAAAGGUCCUCCUUCCUGCCCACCGCCUGCACACCCGCCUCAGCAGGCCCAAGAAGCCCAGCAGCCGCCGGGGACCAAGGCCCCGCCGCCGCCUAUGCCGCAAGAGCCAGAACCAGCCCACAAAAAGAUCAAAUGCUCCGUCUUCGGAGCGGAUGGCUGGAUCCUCAGGAAGGACCAGAGGGGUCGGGUGCACAUCACAGAAGCCGACUACGCCAGCCUAGUUGCCCAUGCCGACCAGGGAGACCCCCGAGCCCAGGAAGUGCGCUCCUUGGGGUUCAACAUUUGGGCCCCGCAAUUUGUUGCGGGCCCAGUGGUGCCUUUCUCCAUUAUCAGCCCACCGCCUACACAGACGCAGUCGGCCCCCGCCCAGGAAGCCAACACCUCGCCCCCCACUGCCCAAGAGCAGACGGACUCGCAGCACGCCCAGACCCAGGAUGACUUCACGGACCUACUCGGCCUAGGGCAAGACUCCUCGGAUCGAGGCCUCCGCAACCCCUUCCCGAACCCACAGCGCACAGGAGGGGAUUUCCGGCCCAAGGCAACCAGUGCCAGGUCCAUGCCCUGCCCACACUUGCUGAUUACGCCCAACGCCGAUAGACGCUACCGAGGCACCCUCAUCAUGCCCAGUGUGUGCCUACCAGAUACUUUCAAUCUGGCGCCUCUACGUGGACCAUCGAGACCGCCUACGAUGCAUGCGCCCAUGCUCAACACGCCCACACUGCCCCUUUGGCCUCGUGUGUGCACAGAUUAUGUCGGACACCGACA